UCAAAACCCCCCCAAAUCCCACCGGCUCCCGGCAGCAACCGCCGAUCGCCGAUCGCCGCCGCCGCCGCCGUCCUCCGCCGCGAUGAAGAAGGGGGCUUAAACCCCAUCCUCAACCUCAAGCUCUCCCUCCCUCCUCCCGAUGAGGACUCCAUCGCCAAGUUCCUGACGCAGAGCGGCACGUUCGUGGAUGGCGAUCUGCUCGUCAACAGGGACGGGGUUCGGGUCGUGCAGCAGACCGAAGUCGAAGUGCCACCCCUUAUCAAGCCAACAGACAACCAGUUGAGUUUAGCGGACAUAGACACAAUUAAAGUUAUUGGAAAGGGGAAUGGUGGAAUAGUCCAAUUGGUCCAACACAAAUGGACUGGGCAGUUUUUCGCAUUGAAGGUCAUCCAAAUGAAGGUUGAGGAGUCUGCAAGAAAGCAGAUAGCACAGGAACUCAAAAUUAAUCAAUCUUCGCAGUGUCCAUAUGUUGUGGUCUGCUACCAAUCUUUCUAUGAUAAUGGUACCGUUUCUAUUAUAUUAGAGUAUAUGGAUGGAGGGUCGCUGGCGGAUUUUCUGAGAAAAGUUAAAACUAUUCCAGAGCCAAAUCUUGCGGUCAUUUGUAAGCAGGUGCUCAAGGGUUUGUUGUAUCUGCAUCAUGAGAAGCACAUAAUACAUCGAGAUCUGAAGCCUUCUAAUCUGUUGAUAAAUCAUAGAGGAGAAGUCAAGAUUACUGAUUUUGGAGUGAGUGCUAUAAUGGCUAGCACAUCUGGACAAGCUAAUACCUUUGUCGGCACAUAUAACUAUAUGUCUCCUGAGAGAAUCAUUGGAAACAAUUAUGGUUACAAAAGUGAUAUUUGGAGCCUGGGCUUAGUAUUGCUAGAGUGUGCAACUGGGAAGUUCCCAUAUACACCGCCUGAUCAACAAGAAGGAUGGACCAAUUUCUAUGAGCUCAUGGAAGCCAUUGUUGAUCACCCACCGCCUUCAGCAGCUUCUGAUCAAUUCUCUAGCGAGUUCUGCUCAUUUAUCUCUGCCUGUGUACAGCAGGACCCAAAGAAAAGAUGGUCUGCGAAUGAACUUAUGGGUCAUCCUUUCAUCAGCAUGUAUGAGGACUUGAAUGUUGAUCUUGCUUCCUACUUCACUAAUGCAGGCUCCCCGCUUGCAACCUUUUGAAACUCCACUGCAGUGGUUCCAGCAACCGGAGAUCUUUGGCUCCCUGGGAGCUUAGAGAGCAGUUUCAAGAAAAACACCUGCUCAGGAUUUUAAUUUAUUAUGAAAGUGGAUAACUUUUGGAGCUGAUAACUGUCUGCCUCGAGCGGAGUGUAGUGGAGUGGAGUGAAGUGUUGGCAGUUAAAGACGAUUUCAAGGGCGUGAUUACUUUGAGCGUCGAAGGACAGCUGAUGUAAAUUGAAAUUUCUUUCUUAUUGCAAGGUAGAUUAUUGGUGCCAUGCUGGAAUGUGAUGCGUGAGAAAUCCUGAUCAGUGCACAAGUCUGUUGACAAAUAAUCUUUGCCAGAGGAUUGCAAAGAUUCAUGACUAAAACUAUGAGAUGGCUCUUUAAAGCUGGAAAUGGAGAAACUUGCGAUACUAAUAGCGACAUUUUUAUCAA